GAGGAAGGGGACAGGAAGGGAAUGGGUAGGGUGGCAGAAGGCCAGGCUUUAUUGAGAUCAGGUUAGGACAAGUUCUGUUUCCCAAAAAUGACAAGUUGGGGGCCAGUGAGGCUGGCAUAAAAAUCCUCACUCUGGGUGCCUGGUCCUUUGCUCCCUUCUGGGUCUCUCUGCUACCUGGCCUGAUUCAAGAUGUCCAGUCUCCUGGAAGGUGCUCUGGUAACAAUGGUCUCCACCUUCUACAAGUACUCCGGCCAAGAGGGUGACAAGUUCAAGCUGAGCAAGGGGGAGAUGAAGGAACUUCUGCACAAGGAGCUGCCAAGCUUUGUGGGGGAGAAGGUGGAUGAGGAGGGGUUAAAGAAGCUGAUGAGCGACCUCGAUGAAAACAGUGACCAGCAGAUGGACUUCCAGGAAUAUGCUGUGUUUCUGGCCCUUGUCACUAUGAUGUGCAACGACUUCUUCGCGUGGGCCCCAGACCAGCCUUGAAGUGGUGUGCUCCAUUUCCUGCUAUGGGUCUCCGGACAAUAUUGUAAUGGCUCAGUGAUGCUUUAUAACCUGGCUGCCCCAGUUAAAGUGCUGGAAACGGGGUUUUCUGGGUCCCACCACCUUCCAUACUGAUUCUCCUUCUAGACUUUCCCCGAGGCCAAAAGUAGCACCCUGGGAUUGCGUACAAAUAAAAUUUGGGGAAUUGA